AUGAAUGAUGAUUUUGCUUAUAGCUUUUGGAGAAAUGCGGACAUUGGUUUCUCUUUUUCUAAUUCGGUAGGAAGAUCGGGUGGUUUGAUUACUUUAUGGAAGAAAAACAACAUGGAGGUCUUGCAUAGCUUUAAAGGGGAAGGAUUCUUAGAGGCUUUUAGGGACGGAGAAUGGAUAAUAGGAGGAGAUUUCAAUGCUAUCAAGAAUGUUAGAGAAAGAAAAGGGAGGGCGGGAGUGGUAAAUAAGAAAGAGGCGGAGCUUUUUGCGGAUUUUAUUCAUAAGAGUGCUUUGGUGGAUAUUCCGUGUAAGGGGAAAAAAUAUACGUGGUUUAGCAGAGAUGGCAAGUCUAUGAGUAGGAUUGAUCGUUUCCUAUUAUCUCACAAAGUUGUGAAUAGAUGGGAAGUUAUUGGUAAAAUGAUCGACGAUAGGGAUAUUUCGGACCAUUAUCCCAUUUGGAUUUUGACGGAUAAAUACAAUUGGGGGCCGAAACCUUUCAAGUUCAAUAAUGAAUGGUUUUUGUUUGAUUCUUUCAUACCGUUUGUUGAAAAGGAGUGGAAGAGCUUGAAGGUGGAAGGAAGAGGGGACUUUGUUUUGAAAGAAAAACUUAGACUUUUAAAAGACAAACUCAAAAGGUGGAAUAAGGAUGUUUUCGGAAAGAUUGACUUGGAUAUAGAGGAAGGUGUCAACGACAUUAAUCUUGCCGAUGAAAGGUUAGAUUCUAUUCCUUUUGCUAAUUCAUCUUUUGAGGAAAACUUGCUUUUUGAAAAGAGGCGACGUGUGGUUUUUGGCGGAAUUUGA